CCGCAAAAAUCUUAUCCCCUGUUCUCUCGAGUCUUCUUCUUCCUCUCUUCGUAUCAUCUCGUCCUUGUCAAUUUCACUUAGGCAGCAACAAAGACGUAGCUAUGUGCAUGGAGACGCCGGAGGAGAUUCCCAGCCGCACUAUCCAUUCCCGUUUCAAUGCUGCAGGAGAAGGCUUCGCGGGCGAGCGGCGCUGGCCGCGGGCACUGCAAGGCAGUGGCUUGGCUGCUGCUAGCCGUACGAGCCGCUCCACGGGGUAGGCGACGGCCAACGACCGCUGCAUCACAGCUCUGGCGGCUUGACGACCGCUGCACCACAGCUCCAGCGGCCGCACGCCGCUGCUGCGGUGGAACUCCGCCGAGAAGUCUAGCGCUACAAUGGAGCUUCCCCGUGGGACGGCCGGUGCUGCGAUGGAGCUUCGCCGGCGCCGUCCAGUGUUGCAUUGGAACUUCGUCGGAGGGCCGCCGGUGCUGCAAUUGAGGUCCGCCGAGGUCGUCCAAUGCUGCAGCGGAGCAUCGCCGGGGUCGUUGAAGCUGCGCCGGAGCUGCAAUGAAGGGUCGUUGGAGUUGCAAUGGAGCGCCAUAGAGCUGCUGCCGGUGCCGCAUGGUGCGCCAUAGAGCUGCUGUGUGGUUCUGCCAUAGGAGGCUGUGAGCUGUCUGAUCGUACGGCUGCGGAGUAUCUGAACGGACGGCUCUGAGGGAGGCUUAAAACUGGAUCAAAUCAUCCGACUGGUCCGUAGCAAUCGCCAUACGAAAUAGGUCGUCGCGAAAAUCAGGGGAUUUUCACGUCUGUCCUGGGUGUGUUGGCCCAGAAGGAAUGGUGCCCCCUGCCGCGUCCAAGGCAGAGAGACACACACAGUGGGAGGGAACGCGGGAACUACUAUUUUUGUAGUUGUAGCAACGAACUUCUGUGCGUUGAUUGGGCGGCCGCCUCCCCUCUUCCUCGCGACAAACCACAGCCCCACCCCCACGGUAACGUCGGUGAGCGAUCGACCGGCGAUCCUCCCGAGCUAAGCUAAUCUGACCUACUUUUGGUUUUUGGAGCUAAACGGAGUAGCAGCACACAAAUCAAGCAAAGCCGCGUCCUGAACCCUGCUGUCCCCUCCCCCUCGUUAUAGCUCACUCUCACUCCCACCCCCACCCCCGCCACCACUCACCAGCUCGACUCCACCCCACUCCACUCGACCCGCGCGCACGCGGAGCUGGGCCGUACAGUACGUGAGCCCGUGAGCGAGCAGGGUACGGACUAAAUGCCGCACCCGUCGUCGUCGUCGUCUUCCUCGGCCAGUGUGGACGCGGCCGCCAAGGGCGUCAAGCUCGAGCGGUACGCCAGCGGCGGCGCCGCGCUGCUGAUGCGGCGCGCGGGGACCUCCAAGAUCGUCGCGGCGUCCUCGCACCUCCUCUUCCGCGCCACCGUCCUCGCCACGCUCGCGCUCGUCUGCCUCUUCGCCGUGCACUACCCUUCCCUCCUCUCCCGCUCCUUCCGGCUCUCCGCCGCCGCCUCCUCUUCUUCCCCGCCGCGGCAGACGUCGCGGCACCGGAACCUGCUCGGGUCGUCGUCGGCGUACGCGGGCGCCGCGUGGGAGCGGGAGGUGCGGCGGAGCGCCACGCCGCGGCGGGACGGGGGGAUGUCGGUGCUGGUCACGGGCGCUGCGGGGUUCGUGGGCGCGCACUGCGCGCUGGCGCUCAGGGCGCGCGGCGACGGCGUGCUCGGCCUCGACAACUUCAACGCCUACUACGAGCCGGCCCUGAAGCGCGCGCGGCAGCGGCUGCUCGCGUCGCGCGGGGUGGUGGUGUUCGGCGCCGACAUCAACGACGCGGCCCUGCUCGAGCGGCUCUUCACCGUCGUGCCCUUCACGCACGUGCUGCACCUCGCCGCGCAGGCCGGCGUGCGGUACGCGAUGCGGGCGCCGCAGACGUACGUGGCCUCCAACGUCGCGGGCCUCGUCAGCGUCUUCGAGGCCGCCGCCAGGCACGCCGACCCGCAGCCGGCGAUCGUGUGGGCGUCGUCGUCGUCGGUGUACGGGCUCAACACUGACGCGCCAUUCUCCGAGGACCACCGCACGGACCGACCGGCGUCGCUGUACGCGGCCACCAAGAAGGCCGGGGAGGCCAUCGCGCACGCGUACAACCACAUCUACGGUCUCUCCAUCACCGGCCUCCGCUUCUUCACGGUGUACGGUCCGUGGGGACGCCCCGACAUGGCCUACUUCUCCUUCGCCCGCAGCAUCGUCGCCGGCGAGCCCAUCACGCUCUUCCGCGCCGCCGACGGCACAGACGUGCGCCGCGACUUCACCUACAUCGACGACGUCGUGAAGGGGUGCCUCGGUGCGCUCGACACGGCCGGUAAGAGCACGGGCUCCAAGUCCGGCAAGAAGCGCGGGCCGGCGCCCCUCCGCGUCUACAACCUCGGCAACACCUCGCCGGUGCCCGUCACCCGCAUGGUGGCCAUCCUCGAGAAGCUCCUCGGCAAGAAAGCGAACAAACGCGUCGUCACCAUGCCGAGCAACGGCGACGUGCCGUUCACGCACGCCAACGUCAGCCACGCCGCGCGCGACUUCAGGUACCACCCCACCACCUCCCUCGACGCCGGCCUGCGGAAGUUCGUGGAAUGGUUCCUCCAGUACUACAAGAUCGACCCCGCGAAGCUCGCCAAGGGCAGCAGAGUCGGUACCAAGACUACCAAGAAGAAAUCCAAGGGCGCCAUGUCCGCGGCAUCGUGAGGAGAGCGCGCGCGCCGCGUGCUUCCCGGCCCGGAUGUCCAGUCCAUCAAGUGUGCAUUCUGUUCUCGUCGGAGGCCGGCGGUUGUCUUGCACAACUUUGUGAGUGCAUCCCCCAUUGUUUAAGCCAUUGCUGCUGCUUUUCCCCCUUGAUGAUGCAACCAUGCUAGAGCUCGGUGGGAAGGGAAUCGUGGAGGUGGCAAGGCAAAGGAGAAGCGAUUCUUUCUUCAUAGCAUAAGCAAAACCAAACUAUUUUAGGGAAAAGGGAUGGGGGGUAUAGGUAAGAUGACAUGAGCCGUGGAAAGGGGCGAGGAGGACACGAUAAAGAUGAAGUCCUGGGCUUCCUUUUGGGACGGUUCAGGUUGUUUUUGCUCGGUUUCUUUUUUGUUUUGUCGGUCACUAUCUUGUUCUUGCUCAUAUGGUUAAUUUGUCUUGUGUUUUGUGAAAAUGUCAACAAUUGUGUACUCACGACGACAAGAACACAAGAUGCUGUGGUGGAUGCAAGUCCGUCCGAGCAGCUGCAGUUUUCUAGACUGCUAGAAAUAUUUGUUAAAGCUUGA